CCGUCCGUCUCAAACGUUAUAGUUCACCAGUGGCUAUUGAACAAAAAACAAUUAAGGAGAAAUUAAAAAAAAAUUGAAUAAUUCCCCUUGAAAAUGACAAGUGAAUUAAUUAAAUAUAUUUGUAAAAUUCGCAUGGAAAUUUAAAAAUGGGAAAAAAGUGAACGUUCAUUCUCAGAAUUGUUAUUUAAAAACUGUGAGUUCCUGCUUCUCCAACUUUGAUAAAUUCUGGUAAAUAAUACAGAUCUAAUAUGAUGAAUUGAAAGCUCCUAAGACAACAUGAGAAGGAUCCGCAGUGUUAGAAUGAGUUUAAAGUGCACAUUGUUUUGUUUCCUUGCCAUCGGAGUGUUUGGUGAGGAAGAUCUAAGGACUUCCACUAAGUUAAGUUUGUCAUUCAAUGGUAAUAACGAGGCAGAUACAACUGUACAUAAACCGAGAAGUUUACCGGAUGUUCGAGUUAACAGGUCAGAUUAUAGUUGGUACACGAUAGCUGAAAGAUUGGAUGUAUUCAGCUCCAAAAAUCUUGAGAAACAUUGGGAGGAAAAUAAAUAUCCAGUUGGCGCACAGUGUCAAAAGGAUAUAACACGGUACCUCGUGGGCCUGAGGAAUCACGAAAUUUGGGCUCUAAAAGCUGAUGAUGCAUCAGGAAGGUACACAGCCGGUUUCUUUUGGGGUAAUUCGUACUUCAUGGGAUCUGCAACAGAAUGCGAAUACAUUGGAUACGAUUAUUCGAAGAAAAAUGAAAAAUUUCUGUCAGUUGAAUCGAUUAACGAGGUACAGGAGUUUAAUGAACAGCCCAAGAUGAAGGUGAAAGUCAAUAAGGGAUUAUCGGGAAGUCGUUUAUCGUACAAAGUCCCAGAUACACCUCCAUACAAACUAGGAUUCUUCAUGAUGACCAUCUCGAUCAAUGACACCAUUAUCUCGCCAGUUACAAGAACAAUACAAUUGGGUGUCUGUCUUCCAUUUUCCUGCACCGCUCAAGACAUGUUUACCAUAGGAAAAUUAUCAGCUAGUGAAACGGCCUUGAGGCAUUCAUUCAUAGAAAAAGUUCGAGAUCAGCACAAUUAUUACGACAUCUAUCAAGAUCCUGCCUUCUGGGCAUUGUUUGGUUCUACGAUUUUUGUUGUUAUUUUAAUGAUAAUUGGAACAGCUUAUGAUUACUAUUUGUCCUUCAAAGUGUCUCAAAGACGAGCUGCUUUUUACGACUCGGAGAAGCAUACGAAACUAGAGCAAGGUAUAAAUGAUCAUCAUAAAAAAUCAAACGAAUUUGACGGUAAGAUCUACAUACCUGUUCCAGUGGGAGAUGCCGUCGGUACUCUUGUGGUUAGUCCAGUGAACAAUAAUAACGAUCAUGAGACGAGCAUUUCACCUACAGGGACUACCAUUCAACAGCUCAAUGUUUGUGAAGAACUACUUCUGUCGUUCUCGGUCCGAGAGAACAUGAGGACUAUCUGUGAUCCUGGGGUUGGGAGAGAUACGAUCAGUACAAUUCAUGGACUGAGGGCCAUUUCGAUGGGCUGGGUAAUUCUAGGACACACUUGCAUCGUUAUCUUCAAGUACUCGGACAAUAUGGAGUAUCGAAAAGUCGUUGAGAAGAGAUUCCUCUUCCAGACAAUCACCAAUGGAGCCUUCAGUGUGGAUACAUUUUUCUUCAUGGGUGGCUUACUUGUCGCUUACUUAUUUUUUCGUACAAAUGCAAUGGGAGAUCUGAAUAAAUUGACUCAGGGAACUCGAGGAUUGGUCGCCGGAUUUUUAAAGUUCAUUGGGCUCUUGCUCUAUCGUUUUUGUCGGCUUACUACACCGUAUAUGUACGUUUUGGGAGUUGUUCAGGUCGCCAUGAAGUGGUUCCAUGCCAAUUCCGUUUUUGAACCGCCAACACCGGACCACGAAAACUGUCCAAACUAUUGGUGGAGGAAUUUACUGUACAUCAAUACCCUAUUUCCCGUGGACGAAAUGUGUAUGCUUUGGAGCUGGUACGUAGCAGACGAUACCCAAUUCUACAUUGUCGGUGCGGUAAUCCUUGUAAUUGCAACAAACCACUUGAAAGUAGCAGCUUUCUCAGUUGUUACACUAAUGGUGAGCUCAUGGCUGACAACAGGAUACAUAGCACUGGUGAAUAAUCAUAUGCCCAGCUCGGAUGACCCAUUAGCACUGUUCGAUAAAAUUUACGAUAAACCAUGGACAAGACUGGGCCCUUACCUCAUUGGAAUGUCCGUUGGAUACUUUUUAUUCAAGACUGAUUGUAAAGUCAAAAUGUCAAGAACAACUGUUGUCGUUGGCUGGCUCUUGUCAUCGGCAUGUUUAUUGAGUUUACUCUAUGGAUUGUACGAAGCUGAGUUAUCACCGAUCACAGCUGCUGCCUAUUCAUCAUUGAGUCACAGUGCAUGGGCACUUGGACUAGCUUGGAUCGUUGUUGCCUGCAGCACCGGAUAUGGCGGAUGGGUCAAUAAAAUUCUUUCAGCACCAAUUCUGUAUCCCUUCAGUAGAGUCACAUAUUGUGCAUAUUUAGUUCAUCCAAUGAUUAUUCGGUUAACUGCUAUGAAUUUGGAUUCACCAUUUCAUCUGGGAAAGGAUACAGUGGUUGUAACAUUCAUCGGACAGGUUGUCCUGUCCUACAUUGUUUCAUUUGCUGUAUCCCUGUCAUUUGAGGCGCCUAUUGUUAGUAUGCUUAAGAUCCUGUCACCCAAAAAGAAGAAAAGAAUUCAAUGAAUUCGUAAUUAUUAUUAAAAUAAUAAUUUAUGUGUACAAU